AUGUCCAUCCUGUCCCACACAUGUUGGCACCACCAGGACCUGUCCCAGGACUUCCCAUCUCCUCCUGGCUCUCCUGGGCCCAUCAUGGAGUCCAUCAUCUCCUCCUGGUCCUACAGGACCUGUCUUGGGGUCCAACAUCUCCUGAACCCAUCUUCGAGUCCACCAUGGACUCCUGGAGCCAUCCUGGGGUCUAUCAUCUCUCCCUGGUCCUCCUGGAUCCUUCUUGGGGUCCACCAUCAUCUCCUGGAGCCAUUUUGGGGUCCAUCAUCUCCUCCUGGUCCUCCUGGACCCAUCUUGGCCCUCAUCAUCUCCCCCAGCUUCUCCUGGACCAGUUUUGGUGCCCUUCCCCUCCUCCAGAUCCAGCCCAACCGCUCUUGGUGGCCCAGAUCUCCUCCUGGACCCACCUUGGCACCCACCAGCUUCUCUUGGUCCUGGAAAAUCCACCCAGGACAGCUUGACCCUUCUGGACCCAGCUUGGUGUCCAUCAUCUCCUCGACCCUUCUUAGUGUCCAUCAUCUCCUCCAGGACCCACCUGGGCACCCAUCUCCACUUGGUUCUGCCCAGCCCACCUUGGUGUCCCCGGUGUCCUCCAGGACUCACCUUGGUGUCCCUGAUCUCCUCCUGGACCCACCUUGGUGGCCCCCAUCUCCUCCAGGUCCAACCCUGGUGCCCCCCAGAUCUCCACCUGGGCACCAUCAUCUGCUCCAGAUCCCACCUGAGCACCCCCCAGAUCCCUCCAGGUCCUCCUGGUCUCCCCAAAGCUCCACCAGGUCCCACCUUGGUGACCCCCAAAUCUCCACCAGGUCCCACCUUGGUGACCCCAAAUCUCCUCCAGGUUUGACCUUGGUGACCCCCAACCUCCAGCAGGACCACCUUGGUGCCCCUCAAUCUUCUUCAGAUCCUCCAGGUCCCACCUUGGUGACCCCCAAUCUCCAGCAGGUCCCACCUUGGUGACCCCAAAUCUCCACCAGGUCCCACUUUGGUGACCCCAAAUCUCUACAGG